UUGGUUCAGCUGAUGAACCACAGAUCGAACUGCCUUGGCUUCCCCGAAGCGCAUAAAAAUGACGUUGAUGUUUUUACGUGGUGCGUAGUAACAGCAAACCCGGAAGAGACUGAGUGGAAGCAGGCAAGCAUCGUGUUGUGGUGGAAGACUGGUAUGAUAUUUGUGAUACAGUAUGGAACAACAACCAGAAACAACCAAGGAGUCUUUGACAGUUGACAUUAUUUUGGAAAACACUGCUGUGAUAGAACAACAUAAUUGCAAGGCCUUAGCUACUGAAACGUUUUCUGUUAAGACAUCAGACUCUGGUAAAAUGGAAAAGCUGCAACUUACUACCGUGAUCAAUAAUGAAGUUGACGCUGAAAUCCAUGGAUGCAGUGAACAUCAGCCUGGAACUGAGGAUUUCACAGGUGCUGAAGAAGUAAAUGGCAAUUUGCUGCCAAAAGUCACAGAAAAGUUUAAUGAUGGUGAUAUAACAUUUAAAAAGCCAGAAACAAAUAUUUGUGACUUAAGUGAUUUGACAAGACAAGCUAUUGACCAGAAGUCCAACGAGGAAGAGAUGGAGGUUUCAGUGGCUGCCCAAAUCCAGUCCAUUAAUUUCAUGACCUUGCAGAUUCUUGAUGGAACACAGGAAGCAGCAGGCUUGCAUGUUGAGAGAGAUGGAAACUUUCCUCAGGUUCAUGUGACUGUGAACAGUGAAAUUCAGGAGGGGGGUGCUAUUGAAGGAAGUGAUGAAAACAUUCCAUCUGAAGACUCUUCAUCUGAAGACUCUUCAUCAGAAAGUGAUUCUGAUUCUUCUUCCUCCUCCACAUCACCCUGUCUUGUGCUUUCUGAAGCAGAUGAUGAUGACUUUAUGGGGCCUGGAAAAGGGAGGAAAACACAGCCUUUAAAAACUAAAGAUGAAAUUCUACCGGAGGAACUCCCCAGUGUUGAAGAUGAGACAAUUAUUCUGCCUGAAGAUGUUGAAAUAAAGCAGAUUGGAUUUGUGUCGAGUAUAAUUGAACAAUUAGUAAUAAUUGAGUCACUAAAGGAUACACCGCCGCUUAAAGAUGAAAGUGUAGUUUUUAAUGAAGGAAGACUUGCUAUUGGAAAGAUAUUUGAAAUAUUCGGACCGGUCUUCCAUCCUUACUAUGUUCUUCGAUUUAACUCCGAACAACAUAUUGCAGAAAAAGACAUAAAAAUGAAAGAAAAAAUGUAUUAUGCUCCUUCAGUCAAAGACUUUACUGAGUACAUCUUUACAGAAAAACUAAAGAAGGAAAGAGGCUCUGAUGCAUCUUGGCAAAAUGACCAGGAGCCACCACCUGCGGCUUUGGAUUACAGUGAUGAUGAAAAAGAAAAAGAAUCUAAAAAAAAAAAGAAAAAAACUCAGAUGAAACAAGGAGUUGAACAAACGGUUUUAAACAAAAAUGACAAAGAGCCUAUGCAGUAUAGGUGGCAACACCAGGCUCCUCCAAGAGAAGGGCGUGGGUACCAGGGCUGGGGAUACAACUCCCUGUCUCAACAGGAAGGCUUCCCAAACCCUGCAGGCAGAGGAUGCUCCCUCUCAAGAGGGCUAUUCAACCCCAACUCUAACAGACCGUUCAGACCUUCAGGUUUCCCGCCUCAUUACAGCAGAAUGAUGCCACCUCAGCCUCCACCACCACACUUCUAUGACCAAGGAAACUUUAUGUUACCUUGCCCCUACCCACCACCAUUCCAGCACCCAGGGCCCAACAGAAUGCCUCCAUUCCCCCCUCCUCCUCAUAUGCGUAUGCAUUGGCCAAACCAUGAGAUGGGCCCCCCGCCUCCAUUGCAUAAUGUGCCUUUCCAACCCCCUCACCCACCUUAUCCAGGCUGUCAUUUUACACCUCAAAAUUAAUCCCACAAUUAACUGAUCUACAUGACAGACAUGUAUCGUUCGCUGCUUAGUGGUCAUAGAAAAAAAAAAGUUAAGUUUUCUUCCUUGCAAGGGGAGGCUUCUACAAAUCUGCCAAGUUCUAAAACAUUUUAAAUCAGCUUGUUUCCAAGGUAGAUCAUAUUAGAAGUCACCGUCUUCCAAUGUGUACAUAUGAAUAAAGAUAACUGCACAUCAAACACAUCCAAUAACGUAUUUUCUGCUAAAUGAGUAACAUUACACCUUCCUCGUUAAUAUGAUAGCAGUGAUUUAUGUCUGCCAAACCAUAACAGACACUUCACUCAUUGUGCAUAUAGUGCUAUUUAUAAGGAUAGUUUCAUUAAUAAUUACAAAUGUAUUCUGUGUACAUGUUCCAUUAUGAUUUCUAGUAAUAUGAUAAAACCUGAAACUUACCGUAAACAAUCUGUUCUUACUAACCAAACAUUAUGUAAAGCAAUAAAAUACAUUUGCCAUAAA